AUUUUCCGCGGGCGGGCUCACCAACCUAACUCCUAUCUCCCUCCAUGGUAUCUUGGAACUAAUUAGUUGCGUCUCUUCGUCGCUUUAGGGACCUCGUCAGCAUACGAUGGGCGUUAUUUCUUAGCGUUUAGGCGUGACGUAGCGGAGGGAGUUUUUUUCCGCGUUUCACGGCUACUCAUAUCAAUUUGUAUUCUUCUCGGCGAAGUAGGCUUGGUGUCCUGCAUUUUCCGGAGUGCAUGACAGGCUUGGGAGGUCGAUAAUGGCUGGAGGCGACCCAGAACCCGAGCCUGUUGCGGUAGAUACAGCGGAGGAGAAGUUAAAAUUGGUUGUCAAACAUGGCCAGCAGACGCAUCAACUGAUGAUGUCACCAGGAUGCAUCGUGAAGGAGUUGAUGGAAGUCUUGGAAGGUUUGACAAAUGUGCAUUCAAGGGGUCAGAAGCUUAUUUACAAAGGGAAGAUUCUGACCUCUGAUAUGUCGUUUGAGGAAGCGAAGAUCACCAAUAAUGCGAAGAUUAUGCUCAUGGCGUCGGCUGGAGUACAUCAAGGGGCUGGUGGUAACCACUACACGCUUGGACAAUCAGCCAGCCACAGAUACGGCAGAGGUCUGCAGCGGUCUGUUGCAGCUCCAUCCCCGGUCGCGCUGGGGCAAGAGAAGGCCAGGCAAAGGAUGUGGGUGCAGACAGGGAUCGUGUCUCUAAGGGACAGCAACUUGCAGGUUGUCCCUGGAGCCGUGUGGGUUGCGGGUCCUGCAUUACGCGUCCUGGAUUUGGGCGGCAACAGUCUUCGGAUCUUCCCGCCAGCCGUAACGGCUUUGACCAACCUCCAGAGGCUACGUCUGAGCCACAACUCGCUGACGGAGAACACCAUUGCGUGGGAGGCCUUGACACGGCUACCCAACCUGAUGGCUCUGGCCCUCGAUCACAAUCAAAUAGGGUUGAUUCCAUCCAUCAUCGGCCAACUCUCGUCGCUGAAGCGCCUGGCUCUCAGCCACAACGCCCUCUCCUCUCUGCCGCCAGAGAUCGGCCAGCUGAAGAACCUGGAGUGGAUCGAUGCCGCUCACAACAGGUUGGGAAUCAUCCCACCUUCAAUGGCGGAGUGUGUCUCCCUUGCAGAGGCCAACUUCUCAGCUAACUUCAUCUGCCACGUGCCUGCUGCUCUGGGUCGCCUUACCAAUUUGAAGAUUCUGCUGCUGAGCAAUAAUGCAAUCAAGAACUUCCCCUCAGAGGUGUUCACAGGGUGCACCGAGCUCUUCACCCUCUCCCUGCAUGGCAACCAGAUCACCAUCGAUCAACUGCGUGAGAUUGAGGGUUGGGAGGAGUAUGACGAGAGACGGCGAGCCAAGUACAGCAAGAGGCUCGAGCUGCAGGCACUCGCAUCAUCAAGUGGGUUUGAUGAGGGCGCAGACGCCCACUUGUGGCACAAUUGGUGAUCUAUCACCUACCUGUACCUCUGCACAGCAAGACAAGCAGCUGAUUCUUUUCCUUGGGAGACAUGACUGGGUUGGGAUGGGGACUUGGGAAUCAUAUGGGGCCGUAGAACAGCCAACUGGUGUUUCUCAGGCAUAAAGUUUGCCGGAAGCUCACUCAGCAGAGAGUAGUGUUCCUGCACGUGCUAACACAUUCAGUUCAGUUAUGAAAACUGCAAACAACUCCGAUUUUGGUACAAACGCCUAUGGUACCAGGGACCUAACGUAACGAACCAGGUGGGAAUUUUCCACAACACUUUGUUCGUCUCACCUUGUGUUUAGGCUGACUGAUACAGGGCUGUUGACGGUUGCGGAAGCUAAACAUCAUUACUGUUAACAUUCAUAUGUGUUAGGAAUAUACUAACUAAAGCUUAAAGCGAGAAGCUAUAAUUGUGAAGGCUGGCCCAACUUGAAAGAGGGCUCCCUCUGAGCGACUCAAGUUGGAAACCAGCUUCAACAAAUAACUGUUCCAAAAUGGC